CGUGAAUUAAAUCAGAGUUCUCGAGACACCCAAAUUUCAAAAUCAGGUGAACUAAAAGACAACCAAAUAUGAGUUUGUGCUCUAAUCUCAGCGACAAAUUAGACGAGAAGAUUUUGGAAGACUUGACAUCCAAUGUGAAGCAAAUACAAGACAGUUUAUUGGAGGAGAUACUCACACUUAACGCAAACACCGAGUAUCUUCGGCGUUUUCUGCAUGGAGGUUCAGAUAAAGAGCUUUUUAAGAAUAAUGUUCCUGUGGCUACUUACGAGGAUGUGAAGCUUUUUAUCGAGCGUGUCGUCAAUGGAGAAUCCUUUGAUGUUAUUUCUGGCAUACCCAUUACCGGGUUCCUUCUAAGUUCUGGAACUUCGGGAGGAAAACGGAAGAUGGUUCCUCGUAACAACAAGUAUUUGGAAAACUUGAAGUUCAUCUAUUAUUACCGCUCGAUCGUUAUAAGCAAGCAUAUAGAUGGUCUCAAGCAUGGAAAGGGAAUGGUGUUUAACUUUUGUAAACAAGAGAACACAACUCCUUCUGGUUUGCCAGCUUCAGUCGCGACGACGAGCUUUUUCAAGAAUGAUUAUUUCAAGAACCGACAACCAUUUUGGCAUUGGUCAUACACAAGUCCUGACGAAGUCAUUUUGUGUUCAGACAACAACCAGAGUUUGUACUGUCAUCUUCUGUGUGAUAUCAUUCAAAGAGACGAGGUUGUGAAGGUUGGUGCAGCCUUUGUCUCUAUCUUGGUCCGAGCAAUCACAUUUCUUGAAAAAAAUUGGAAAGAAAUUUGUGCUAAUAUCCGUUUUGGUCGUCUUAGCGAGUGGAUCACUGAUAUUAGUUGUAGAGAUUCUGUUUCAAAGAUCCUUGGAGAACCAAACCCUGAAUUGGCUGAUCUCAUAGAGAAGGAAUGCAACAAAAAAUCAUGGGAAGGUAUAAUCCCAAGACUUUGGCCUAAAACCAAAUUCAUCGAAAGCAUUGCAACUGGUCAAAUGGCUCAACACAUUCCAACGUUAGAGUUUUACUCUAACAAGCUGCCUUUGAUUUCAUCUAGCUAUGUUUCUUCUGAAACUAUGUUUGGGAUUAACAUGAAUCCUUUAUGCAAACCGCAAGAUGUGUCAUACACAUUUAUGCCCAACUUGUCAUAUUUUGAGUUCCUACUUGUUGAUGCCGGUGACAAAUUCGAAAUUGUUGAUCUCGUGGAUGUCAAGUUAGGGUGCCUUUACGAGCCCUUGGUCACAAAUCAUUCUGGUUUACACAGAUAUAAGAUGGGUGACAUUUUAGAGGUAACUGGAUUUUACAAUAGCGCACCACAAUUUAGAUUUGUGCGUAGAGGAAAUUUGGUUCUAAGUGUUCAUUUGGAGAAAACUACUGAUGAAGACCUUCUAAAUGCGGUGACGCAUGCAAAGAUGGUUCUCGAAUCAUCAAAUUUGAUGUUGAUGGACUUCACAAGCUAUGUUGAUAUUUCAACUACUCCGGGUCACUAUGUUCUUUACUGGGAGCUCAAAGGCAAAUACAACAAUGACAUUGCUGAAAUUGAUAACAAGGUUUUGGUCAACUGUUGUAACGUGGUGGAGGAUUCCUUGAACAACAGUUAUAAAGAAUAUAGGAGAGGCGGAUCAAUCGGAGCUCUAGAGAUAAGGGUGGUGCAACAAGGAACUUUUGAUGCUCUCAUGGAGUUUUUCAUCACUCAAGGUGCUUCUUCAACUCAAUACAAGACACCCAUCUGCAUCAAAUCUCCCGAGGCCUUAGUGGUUUUAGAAGAAAAGGUUCAGGCUCGGUUCUUCACCGAUAAUAUAUAAUAAGUCCCUUUAUUUAGACUUUUUGUUAUCAUAUUUAUAUUUUGUAUGUGUGGGAAAUAAAAGUUUACGGAAAAAUAACAUGAAACGAGACAAAAACUCAAGCUUUUCAA